GUGUUUGCUGACUGAAUGACCGUCUUGUUACAGAACGAUAGUGGUUAUCAAACGGUGAAGAGGAAAAACGUCCCCUUAAUCGCGGCAGGGAAAGAGAAUAUUUUACCAAACAAGAGAGUUCGUAAGGCGCUGGCACCUUCAUGGAGUUCGACCAGCAUUAACUCCUCCGAUCUCUCAUUUGCUAUCGAAACUCCGAGUAAGUCAUUGGGCGAAGAUAUAUUAUUUUCGACUCCCUCCUCAAUAAUGAAAGAUUCCUUGGUGGGUGUAGCCGGAAUCAUGGAGAUGAGUCAGUCAGGAUCCUCCAAGCGACUGCAUCCAGACAAUGCCCAAUCCCGAGUCCAUGGUCAGCGUAGUGCUGCAGUCAAACGUAUCACCUUCGGGGAGCCUGAUUCACCUCAACCUCCUAAGAUUGACGUGAAAUGGACAAUGGUAGCAUGUGGCGGUACUCAAGAUCAGCUAGAUUUAACGGAAAAAGCACAUCGUUACCUUAGGAGCAACGGCUUAAAACCUCGCUCCCUUAAGUUUUAAACAAUUCAAAGAGCGCCCUUGUACAUAGUUCGCAGUUGACUAAAUAGUAAAGAGUGGCUUAUUUAGUCAAUGUACAAACGAGUAGUGCAAAGUUAGUGUAUGGAUAUUCUAUUAGAUUGAACUAAUCUACAUCACUACGUACUUUAUAAGUGAAUUUUAUAUAUUGCGAAAACUGGUUCUCAAACAUUCAGUAACAUGCACAGUUGUGUACCUACAGUACUAGUCUUUGUGAUGCUUUUUUCUUGAUGAAUAGUAAUUCAAUAGCUGCUAUUAUAUGUAAAUUAAUUACAACAUGAAUUGUACAGUUGAUAAAAUAAUAUAUUUAAUUAUUCACUUUUAGGUAAAUUAACAUUACAUAAAGAAUGAGCGAGAACGAAAGUAUAAAUUUUUUAUGCAGUGUUAGUUAUUGUUGUAUUCAAUAGUGUGACAUAUUUAUGGUAGGAUGUAUAUUCAAAAUUUAUUUGAUAGAUUUGAAUGAAGUGAACGACGAAAUUGUAUUUCUUUCUCCCAAAUUUGUGUUAUUAUUACUCUGAAACGCUUUAAAAGCAAUGUGUUUUGUAUGAGUGUGUGUGUUUGUGCUUUACAUUUUGUAGUAAUAUCACACUAAGGAUGAUUUUUAUCGAUUAUGGAAGCUUUUUAUGUCUCUUGAUGUUAAUUUGAUAUUAUAUUAUUUGAUAUUGAUUCAAAAAUUGAAGAAUAAAAACGAUCCCGUAACAAGUACAACAAACAAAAGCUGUAAAUACAUAUUUUGCUCGAAGAACGUCACUUGCUAAUAAAUUUUUUCUAAAAGA